AUGAACCUCGUGGGCAGCUUCCCGCACCCCCACCAUCACCACCCGCACCCCGCGCACCCCAUGCUCCACGAGCCUUUUCUCUUCGGCCCGGCGUCGCGCUGUCACCAAGAUCGGCCCUAUUUCCAGAGCUGGCUGCUGAGCCCCACCGACGCGGGCCCCGAGUUCCCCGCCGCCGCCGCCGCCGCCCGCCCAGCGCCCAGCGCCCCGGUGGCCGCCGCCGCCGCCGCCGCCUACGGCCCCGAUGCCCGGCCCGGCCAGAGCCCCGGGCGGCUAGAAGCGAUCGGGGGCCGCCUGGGCCGGCGGAAAGGCGCGGGACCCAAGAAGGAAAGGAGGCGCACGGAGAGCAUCAACAGCGCCUUCGCCGAGCUCCGAGAGUGCAUCCCCAACGUGCCGGCCGACACCAAGCUCUCCAAGAUCAAGACCCUGCGCCUCGCCACCAGCUACAUCGCCUACCUGAUGGACGUGCUGGCCAAGGACGCCCAAGCCGGGGAUCCCGAAGCCUUCAAGGCGGAGCUCAAGAAGGCGGAUGGCAGCCGUGAGAACAAGAGGAAAAGGGAGAUGCCGGAGGUGCCCGAAGGCUUUCCUCCCGCUCCGGGGGAGAAGAGGAUGAAGGGGCGCACCGGCUGGCCGCAGCAAGUUUGGGCGCUGGAGUUAAAUCAGUGA